UGUUCAUUUCAAGGUCUGAGCGACAGAAUUGACUGAACACGGGAAACAACCACUUCUCGUAUUAGGAUGCUCUGUGGUUCAAUUACAGUGGAACUUCACUGUCUGCAAGUCAGAUAAGACUCAGGAGAACUGUAGCGAUGGCAGAGGAGGAGGUUAACUACGCUUCAGUUGUAUUCAAAACCAAAAAAAAUCCCCGAUCAGAGGUUCAAAAGGAGGAGGAGGAAACUGUGUACGAUGAAGUGAAGGUACGAAACGAGGCGCCCGAGCAAACUGCUGACACAAGCCAAUUCUUACCAGACAAGAAAGCAGACAACAACAGCUGCUGCUGUAAGGUGGUGGUUUGCAGUUUGGUCAGUCUUUGUGUCGUUUUGGUGAUAGCCAUCGUCCUCAUCUACCUUUUUACAUUAAGAGAUGCAAAUCAAGUGAAUGAGUUAAAACACAACCAAACGGCUCUACUGGAUGAGAAUCACAACCUGACAAACCUCAACAACAUUCUCCGCUCAGAAAAUGAAAACCUAAAGAGAAACGUCGACAAUCUCACAGUAAAGGUUGGCAACCUGACACGAACCUAUGCUGUCGCAGAGAGCAAGAUCGCAAACCUGACUGCAGAAAAACAGAACCUGACAACACGAAACCAGGAGCUGGAGACAGAGAAGAACAACUUAACUGAACAAAUAAAAGACUUGGAGAUGAAGAAUGCGGUCAGCGUCACUCAAGCUCAGAAGCUCAUUGAUGCCUACUGCCCCAAAGAAAAUGAAGGAAGACAGUGUAAAGCUUGUGAGACAGGCUGGGGUGUCUUCCAGUCCAGCUGUUAUGCGUAUAAUAACGCUGAACCUUCUAAACAAAGAACCUGGGAAGAAGCUCGAGAAGACUGCAAAGGAAAGAUUUCAGAUUUGGUCACUGUAGCUGAUGAAAAAGAGAAGAAUCAUGUCAGUGGUUUAAGUGUGCCCAGUCAAGGACUCACUGAAUACUGGAUUGGCCUGAGAGCUGAAGGUGGGAAAUGGAAGUGGUUUGAUGGAACUAAUCUGGCUGACAGCUCCUGGAUAGACAGUCCUGUUGAUGGUCACUGUGCAGUUUCUGAUCAAAAAGAAGGAUGGAAAUCAGUGAGCUGUGGUCAAAGGAAACGAUGGAUCUGUGAAAAAGCAGCUUUAUCUCUUUAAACACUGCAGUUAAACUUGAGAAGGUCUCUGGAUAGUCUGUAAGAAAUAAUCACAUGGAACUUAGCAUCAGCUGGUUUAUAAAUAUUAAGCUAUGAAGAUUUAUAUCCACCAUUUUUAUUUAAAAAAACAAAAAUGACAUUAUUUUUAAAGCUGUUUGUGUGUGAGCUUUGUGUGUGUGUGUGAAACAAAAAUCAGACACUCACUGAUGUAAUGUAUAUGUGCAGUUAGAUAUUAGAUGAUAUAGGUACUGUGAGUGUGACUGCUGACAGCAGCAUGAAGGAAAACACAGUGACUGAGCUAAAAGGGCAGUAAACUGUUGAUCAUUAAGGACUUUGUUUGUGCUUUUCUUUUUACUGCGUUAGACUUUCAGUGCUUAUUAUUUGUAUAUCAGCAGAUUGAUGAGAGGGACCAACAAGACUGCUCAGUCUGCUGGAUGGAAGAUUUGACAUAGUUUGUGCUGAUUGUCCAGCAGAGGGAGCUGCAUUACCUCUCUGCAGUAUGACACUGAGGCUGUGCUCUGAAGUGUCUGUAUUCUGAUGUAAAGAGUCUUUUUCUGUUCAGGUGACAGUUCAGUGGAAGCACAUUCAUGUUUGAAUCUGUUACAGUGAAUAAAGAUUCUGCCGCUCA